GUCAUGCAGGAGUAACCUUACGUAUGUGCAUCCAGAGACUAUGUGAAGAACUGAAGAGUGCCAUUCUAUUGUAAUAAGCAUGAACCGAUAUAUAACGCUGACCCAACUGGGGGACGGCACCUACGGCACCGUCGUGCUGGGCCAGCGCAAGGACACCGGCGAGAAGGUGGCCAUAAAGCGGAUGAAGCGAAAGUACUACUCCUGGGAGGAGGCCAUGAACCUGCGGGAAGUUAAGUCCCUGAAGAAACUGUCGCAUCCGAACAUCGUCAAGCUCAAGGAGGUGAUCAGGGAGAACGACACCCUCUACUUUGUGUUCGAGUACAUGAAGGAGAACCUCUACCAAAUGAUCAAGGAUCGGGACACCCACCUUCCCGAGCCAGAGCUGAAGAGCAUUCUCUUCCAGGUUCUCACUGGCCUGGCCUUCAUGCAUCGUCAUGGCUUCUUCCAUCGGGAUCUCAAGCCGGAAAAUCUCCUCUGUUCCGGCCCGGAGCUGAUCAAAAUAGCAGACUUCGGUUUGGCAAGGGAGAUUAGGUCGAGGCCGCCGUUCACGGACUAUGUGUCGACGCGGUGGUAUCGGGCGCCAGAGGUGCUGCUGCACUCCACCAACUACGGCAGCACCAUCGACUUGUGGGCAAUGGGCUGCAUCAUGGCCGAGCUGUACACGUUCCGACCGCUCUUUCCGGGCAGCAGCGAGGUGGACCAGCUGUUCAAGAUCUGCUCCGUGCUGGGCACGCCAGAGAAGGGUGACUGGCCGGAUGGUUACCGAUUGGCGUCCAUGAUCCACUUCCGCUACCCAGAUUGCAUCAAAGUGCCACUAAGCAGCGUGGUUAGCCGCUGCAGCCAAAACGGACUCGAUCUGCUCGAGGAUAUGCUCGCCUACGAUCCCGACAAGCGUCCCACAGCCCAGCAGAGCCUCAAGUAUCCGUACUUUCACGCCCUCAAGCGGAUCUCUCCCACGGCGGCCACCAAGGCGAAUGUCCGCCUGAGCUCCAAGUAUGCGGCGGCUUCUUCUGGCCAACUGCUGCUACCUCAGACCCAAACUGUGUCAAACCACGUGCUUCCGGUGCAGGAGAAGCUCCAGGCUGUCACCGAACUCAUCCACCAGGGCAACAACAACAUGAACAAUAUGAAGAACAUAAACAACAACAACAACAGCAGCCUAAGCAAUGGCAAGAGUGUUUCAAAGAACGUGAGCAUGCCGAGACAGUACCAGCCGAAGCUGAACUUCCUAACCAGCAACGACAUGCGCAUGCCUGUUGCUGGUGGAGGAGCGAUCCCACACGCCCUGGCAGACUCUUCCAGCCUGGGCGGGCCCACAGGAGAUCAGGGCCAGCCACAGCAUCAAAAUCAGCCACAGAACGGAGGUGAAUCCAUAAACGACAUCUACUUGAAUCGCAACAUUGCACAGCUUUUUGGAUUGCCAGCAGCAGCGGGAUCUCAACAGCAGCUGUACCACCCGAAUGUCUCCUUCAGCAACACCAUGUCCCGCAACGCCGGGGCUAUCUAUGUGAACGGAAGCCAGCUGAGCUACGACACGGCCAACAAGAAUGCCAAGAACAAUGCCAAGCUCGUUGUUGGCGCAGCUGCCACCAACGGAGGCUACUAUGUACCGGCGACACGUAACUCCCUCCUUGCCCCUGAUGCCAAGGUCUACAACGUGUUCUCCAAGGUGAGCGCCAGCCAUGCCCCGCCCAGUAUAAUCGUGCGCCAGCCACAGCAACAGCAACAGCAGCAGCAUCAACAUCCCGCCUAUGAAGCAUCAUCAAUGUUGGGUGGAGGAGUACUCAAUGGAGCCGCCAUUCGGUUGUCCGCGCGAUCCCGUCCGCCCGGGCAGGAGUCCACGUUAAGAUCCGAUGAUCUGGACCAGAUACUCGGCUCCAAGCUGAAAACCUCCGCCAAACGCCAGCGUAAUGCCAAGGCCAACAUGCUGCUGGAGGACCUGUUUGGGCAGCUGUCGAUGGACUCCGAUAGCGACGGCAAGUACCCGCACACGGUGCCGCCCACUCAGCAAGCUAAGAGUGGGGCCCGGCGAGAGCGCGACCUCUUCGGCGAGAGCUUCCUGCGGCCCGGCAUCCGAAAGAAAAAUACCCAGAGCAGCCUGGAGGUGAACAACGGCAGUCACGCGGACUCGCUAGCACAAAACACACAGAAGCCGAAGCCAGCAGCAGGAACAGGUGCCGCGGCAUUCCCCUGGGAUGAGACCAACAAGACGGAAGAUGAGAAGCUGACCGCCUGGAUGGUGGCCGAGAAUGGUAACUUGAAUUUGGGUAAUCAGCAAGCGUAGAAGUCGACAGCACUCCAAUCAAUCCAAAUCAAGUAGUCGGUUAGCAACAGAAAAUUCGGGCAGCACCACACCACAAUCCACAAUUCAUUGAGCCAUUGGCAUGCAUGGCGUUCCACCAGGUAUUUCUAUUAUCCCAUUAUCAUAUUCCCAGGAUCGCUGCUGGAGAAUAAAUUCUGAGGGGAUCAUUGACUAGCAAAGUGCCGUUGUACCUGAAACAGAAUGAAAUGAAUACUCGUACUGAAUCUGAAUGCAAAUCGUCAAAUCAUCCAAUCAUCAAACUAUCAGUGCAUUGAAUCCAAUCAGCGCGUAAAGUUAGAGUUAAUGUUGUUAAU